GCGGCGGCGCUGAGAGGAUCAGCGGCUUCGGCCCAGAGGAGGAGGUGGGGGGCGGGCGGUACAUCGGCGGCGCCUCUGAAUGCCUGACGGGAGGGAGAGAUCCUUCGCCUCCUCCUUCUCCUCCUCCUCUCCGAUCUCAGACCCGGCAGUUUAGCGCUUGCAGGGGAAGGCUCUACGGCCUCGCUGGACGCCCCGUUUUCUCCCCCGGCCCCGCCGCCGCCUCCUUUUCCCACCUCCCUCGACUCCGGGGAGGCGGCUGGAGGCGGCGGCGGCGGCGGCGACAGGCGGUAUUCGGGGCAAGAUCUGCUGCUGGGGAAAAUGGCGGGGAACGGCACCGGCUUUGCCGGGGCGGGCAGCGGGGAGAUCAUCCAGCUCAACGUCGGGGGCACCAGAUUCAGUACUUCACGACAAACACUAAUGUGGAUCCCUGACUCCUUUUUUUCCAGUUUGUUGAGUGGAAGAAUUUCAACACUGAAAGACGAAACUGGUGCUAUAUUUAUUGAUAGAGAUCCUGCAGCAUUUGCACCAAUUUUAAAUUUUCUUCGUACAAAGGAAUUAGAUCUGAGAGGAGUAAGUAUCAAUGUACUCAGACACGAAGCAGAAUUUUAUGGAAUCACACCGUUAGUAAGAAGAUUGCUUUUAUGUGAAGAACUUGAGCGUUCCUCUUGUGGCAGUGUACUCUUCCAUGGAUAUCUCCCACCUCCAGGCAUUCCAAGUCGAAAAAUCAAUGGUUCUGCAGGAACAUCUACAGAUGUUAGAAUACCUCAGAAUUGCUCUGAAGGUGAGGUGCGAGCAGGCAAUUUGCAGCCUUCACUAACUGGUACUGGUGAAGAUACAGUUAAGCUAGGGAUUCCUGUGGAUCCUCGAAAAGUUUUGAUAGUGGCUGGCCAUCAUAACUGGAUAGUAGCUGCAUAUGCCCACUUUGCAGUUUGUUAUAGAAUUAAAGAAUCCUCUGGGUGGCAACAAGUUUUUACAAGUCCUUACUUAGACUGGACUAUUGAACGUGUGGCUUUGAAUGCAAAGGUUGUUGGAGGUCCACAUGGUGACAAAGAUAAAAUGGUUGCUGUGGCAUCCGAAAGCAGCAUCAUUUUAUGGAGCAUCCAGGACGGCGGUAGUGGUAGCGAAAUAGGAAUAUUUAGCCUUGGAGUCCCAGUAGAUGCUCUUUUCUUCAUUGGUAACCAGUUGGUAGCCACCAGUCAUACAGGAAAAGUGGGAGUAUGGAAUGCUGUGACUCAACAUUGGCAGGUUCAAGAUGUUGUCCCAAUCACUAGCUAUGAUACUGCAGGAUCAUUCUUACUGCUGGGCUGCAACAAUGGCUCCAUAUAUUACAUUGAUAUGCAAAAAUUUCCAUUACGAAUGAAAGAUAAUGAUCUUCUAGUGACGGAACUUUAUCAUGAUCCCUCUAAUGAUGCGAUAACUGCACUUAGUGUUUACCUUACACCCAAAACAAGUGUAAGUGGCAAUUGGAUUGAGAUUGCAUAUGGCACAAGCUCUGGAGCUGUACGUGUAAUUGUGCAACAUCCAGAAACAGUUGGUUCAGGACCACAACUCUUCCAGACUUUCACAGUUCACCGUAGUCCUGUUACAAAGAUCAUGUUAUCAGAAAAACAUCUCGUGUCAGUGUGUGCUGAUAAUAAUCAUGUCCGGACAUGGACAGUGACACGUUUUAGAGGAAUGAUUUCAACACAGCCAGGAUCCACUCCUCUGGCAUCAUUCAAAAUUUUGUCCUUGGAGGAAACUGAGAGUCAUGGAAGUUACUCUGCUGGAAAUGAUAUAGGUCCAUUUGGUGAGCGUGAUGAUCAACAGGUAUUUAUCCAAAAAGUUGUUCCCAUCACCAACAAACUUUUUGUGAGACUCUCUUCUACUGGAAAAAGGAUAUGUGAAAUUCAGGCAGUUGACUGUACUACAAUUUCCUCCUUUACUGUGCGUGAAUGUGAGGGAUCCAGCAGAAUGGGCUCAAGGCCACGGCGUUACCUCUUCACAGGGCACGUUAAUGGCAGUAUUCAGAUGUGGGACCUAACUACGGCAAUGGAUAUGGGUAAUAAAUGUGAAGAAAAAGAUGUGGGUGGUCCUACUGAAGAAGAACUGCUUAAACUUCUGGAUCAGUGUGAUCUGAGCACAUCUCGCUGUGCAACCCCCAAUAUCAGUCCAGCUACUUCAGUAGUCCAGCAAAGCCGACUGCGUGAAUCAAGCUCUAGCCUCCAGUUACAGCACCGGGAAACAAUCCACGAAACCGCUACAUAUGGCUCCAUACGGCCAUAUAGGGAGAGCCCCUUACUAGCCAGAGCCCGCCGGACGGAAAGCUUUCACAGCUACAGAGAAAUUCAGCCUUUUAAUUUAAGUAAAACCAUGGUAGACAAAGCUGUUCCUCAGAAUGGCAGUUGGAGUCCUGUACAGGCAGAAGGGAAAAGAAAUGGUGAAAACAUAGCUGACAAAAAAGCUUCAGCCUUAGCACUUGAGAUAAGAAUGGCCAGAGUGCCAGAUGGAGGAACUGAACUUCAGAAAGUGUCUGAAAGCAUAUUAGAAUUGAAAAAAAGAGGAAACGAUGAAGACAAUGAAACCAAAGUAGACUGCAAAAGGAAGAGUGGAUUUGAAGGAGGUGGUUUCCUUGGAAGAAAGAAAGGACCACAUCUUGUGGUGUCUUCACCAAACAUUGUAGAAGGAAGUUCUGAGGUAUUUGGUACAGCUUCCCCAUCUCCUACAAAGACAACAGUUUCUCCACGGCAUAAGAAAAGUGACUCAUCUUGCCAGGAUUACACCUUAUGAAAAUACCUUGUGAAAAUAAAAGACGUCUGUAUCCCACAUGUAUAUCAAACAUUUCUCACUAAACUGGACGAAUUUCACAUUUAUGUAUCUAAAUUUGUAUCUUUCUAAUUGAAGAUGAGUUUGAAUUAGAAUCAGACAGAAUAAGGAAACACGUUCUAGACAAACCAGCCUUCCAGUCCUGGUGUUGAUCUUGAUAAGUUGGACUUGAACUUCCAUAAUUCCAUUGAGGCAGGUUGGCUUAAUUAUGGGGAAUUAUGGGAGUUGAAUCUAAUUUCUCUGGAAAGUACCAGAUGGAGAAAGCUGCUAAAAAAAACCUGGCUUCAUAGCACAAUCAAUGGAAGCAUUUUUUAACUACUCAAGAUUGGUGUUAACUUUCUAUAACUGUCUAUGUGAAGUCCAGUUCUGGUACAGACGUUUUCAAGCUUUGUUUAAUACAGGCUGGCAUGCACUACCAUUUUUGUUGUAAAGUAACUGUUUCCUAAUCUUGGUUACAGAUAUGCUAAAUAUUUAAAGUUUAUGGUCGGUCUAUAGAGCAAUUCAUACUUUCAGUGUGGUUUCCAUGUUGAAAAUAAUAAUGGGAAGAAUUAGGGUGUUUUAUUUUAUGUCUUACUUUUUCUGCUGUGCCACCAGUUUUUAUUAGUAUUAAUAAACUUUGUAUAUCAUCUCAAGCUUCAAUGUGUUGACUUAACCAAAUUGAAAUUCUAAAUGUCUUGUCACAGAUAUAAAACAUUACUUUGCAGAUAUUUAUCAAAUAUUAAAGUACAAAG